ACUUCAGGGAAAAUCACUCAGUUGACAUAUGCCCCUGUGCACACAGUGCAUACGUAUUCAAUUAAUGCUGCUUUUGUAGAAGGGGAAAGGAAAACUUACAGCAUGGGAGCAUCUUCCUCUGGGUUGCUAGAUGAGGCCAAAAUCAACCACAUCAAAGGACUCGUUGAGAGCGAAUUUCAGAGCUUCAGUGGGUUUUACCGGCAGCAGUACUCUGUCACCUACCUUGGACACAUUCACCAGGAGGUGGAGCCUAAGAAAGAGGAGAGAGGCUUUUUGCUGACACACAGGCCUAAGAACGAUGGAGAUGAGGUGCUGUACCAGGGGUGUAUUAAAUUCUCCUGCUGGGAUGAGCUGGGAAAGAAAUGCAGAGAGAGAUAUGCUGUCCUAAAGAAAGACUACAAAGUGGAAAUACAUGAUAGCGCAGAGACUUUUAGACGUGGAUCCGCACCUAAACUGGUCCUUCAGCCAGCAGGAGGAGUGGUGUUCACCAGUGAGGAAGAGUCAAGAGCUCACCUGGAGAAAACCUGCUUAGGAAUACUCAAUGGAGUGAAAGAGGAUUCUUCUUCUUCAGCGCCUUCAUCUCCAGAUGUGUUUGCUGUAUAUCUUCAUCUGCCUUACGCAGGCCACACCUGCUUCCUGUUUCAACAAGAAGAUGAAAGAGAUCACUUCCUGUCUGGCCUCAAGGCCUGCAUUAGACACCGCAACCUUGACCCCUGGCAUAGUUCAUCCCAUGAGAACCAGGCAUAUGCCCGAGCCAUCCGUCUUUACCAGCAGGAGAAAGGUUGCUAUGAAUCGUGGGAGAAGCUGCUGGGCACUGAAGAACAGGUGCUGACCCGCCAGAUGAUGGAGGAUUUGUUGUCAUGGUUACAAAACCAGCUUCAGUCAAAGGUGAAGGGCAAGAAGACUGAACGGAUCCGUCAAUGGCAGGCAACAGUUCAGGUGACCUACACUAUGGUGCUGGAACAGUUGACUGCGAGUUUGGAGGCUCUGAGGGAGGAGUGUCGGCAAACUGCAUCAGCCAGUCAGGCGCUCAUUAGGUCCAACCUGGACCAGAUAAUGUCCUCUCAUGACUUCCUGGAGCAGAAGGUCAGAGCGUGCAUAUGUGAAGAAGCAGAGAAGGUGUGCAGUGAGUCUGUGGUGCCCUACAUUUCCUCCAUCCUUGAAGCACUCACUGAACACAUCGGUCCAGGAAUUCUUGGGAUGCAGGACACACUGCGAACCCAAAUGAACUCUGCCUUUUCACUCACAAGUGGACAGGUGGAGGACAUCAAACAGGCCUUGACCAGUCUGCGCUCUGUCAGUCUGGAUGAGAACUACAGAAAGGUGGAGAACCUGAGCGACAAACUGGAAAACGUAAAAGAGAGGUUUGGACUGAGCAGCGUUGAGAAACUCAUUCACUUUGCAAAUCUGGAGAUGGAGCAGCUACUGGACAGUGCCGUUUACACUUUGGAGCAGUUCUUCCAAUCAUCAACAAAGCUGCAACCGUCUCAGCUUCUUGACAAGAUGGAGAGAGCUAAGGAAAGAGUCUUCAAGCAGCUGGACUACGACAGCAGAGUGGUGCAGAGGCAGCUCUAUCAGGAAGCUCUGCUGGAGAUCACUCUGCCUUCUGUCAUUAGCAGGAUGGACCAAAAGUGCAAAUCAGAGCUCCAGCAGUUUGAGCAGUAUAUCUUCUCUGACUACAGCAGUUUUAUUCUGAUUCACAAUGUCUGUGAUGACAUUCUGAGAAACAUUCUCCAUAAGGAGAUACUAACAGUGGUCCAGGAUGCUGCCAGUAAGAACAGUAAUAAUUUCCUGCUGGAUACGUCCGAUUUGGCCAUUAGUCAGUAUAGUCUACUUGGACAGACGCCUCCUGUCUCUGCCCCUGACAGCCCAGCAGUUCAGCCUCGUCACUCGGAAGAGGAGGCGCAAAGUGCCAAUAAAGAAACUGCGCCUGUGGAGGAAGAUCAGAGCAAAAUGCCUGACGUUUCCCCUCAGAGCAAUGCAGAACUUAAUAAUGAUACCAAAUGUGACCCCAGUCCAGCUCAGUCCCCAUAUCCGAGCCCUAUGUGUCCUGUGAUUGUUGUGACACAACAGUUUGAUGAACCUGACAACAAAGAGGGUGAGUGCUUGAUGGAAACCAACGAAGAGGGUAAAAGUGGAGGUGAGGCAGCACUGGCAGCAACAGACACUACACCAGUUGAAUCUGCCAACAUGGGUGGAGCCGUUACAGAAGCAGUUGAGAUGGAUUCAGGAUCCGCCAUCCAGGACUCUCCUGAACCAGCUUCUUUGGUCCUGAUCAAGACAACAGAUGCCCAAACCGAAUCUGCUCCAAGUCCUGAAUCUACAUCACCUGAAAAUCAAGUCACACCUGACCUCCCGACCACAGAUCAAACUUCAGAUCAUGCAUCAGAGGAGACCUCCUCUGUCCAGCCUCCGUCACCACCACAGUCACCCGGCACAGCUAGUCCUAUGACAGUCAGUCUUGGGUCACUAAGCGAAGCGAUUGCACCAUGCUCCACAGAGCCUGUGGUACAGCAGACCACUGACAGGGCAGUCUACUUGACGGGCCAAAUCAAGGACAACUGGGAGGUUGAAAAAGUUAAAGAGGAGAAACAGAGGGAAGCAUCAGAGAAUGAGGAAAAUGAGGGCAGAGAUGAUGAGAGUGAUGGAGGACAGCAAGAAGGUGUAGCCCAAACAGGAGAUCACUCUGUCAGUGAGCCAUGUACACCACCAGCAGUAGCAACAGAGAGCGCCGCUGUCGCAAUACCUGAGCUGACAGGGAAUGAAGAAGGUAUGGAUGAUGAUCAAACAGAGGGUGAGAUUCCAAAAGAAGCUAAGGUGGAGGCAGCAGAGGAAGGAGAACAUGCAGAAGAAAAGGAAAACAAAGAUCAGGCGAAGAGGGAAGACCUCCAAAGUUUUCAGCCAAUGGAAUCACACCCAGAGACAGGUUCUGAUCCACAGUUGGACAGUGUGUCCAUCAUCAGAGAUCUCGUGACUGAAAUCAUUCAAGUGGAGACAAUAAUCAACCCCUGUGAAAGCUCCAGCAGCACUCCACCUUCAACAUAAACAUCACAGCAACGUCCACAAAGUGUGAAUAACAGAUGAAUCUACAUUACUAAAUGAUUACAACACACCUAUUUGUAAAUGAUACAUAGCAAGGAUGUCAAAAAGGUCAAGUUUUGCUCCUUUGUUCACAGUGCAUUUAAUAAAAUUUGGAGAAUUAAAAAAUAUUUUAAGCUUUUUUUUUAUUUCUCAUUUUAUUUUGUUUACAUGAGCUGAUAUUACAUUAAAUUCAAGUUUCUAAAUAAACAUGUUUAAAUAGCC